AUGCCGAGACGUUGCGGAGUAGGCGAUGAUGAUGAUGGUGAGGAGGAGGAGGAGGAGGUGGUGGUGGUGGAGGAGGAGGAUAAAGACAAGAAGCAUAUCGCAGGCUCUCUCCCCUGCCAUCCCUUCUCACAAGUCAUGACCUCGACGGACAUGCUCUCCGACGAGCUGCUUCUGCGUCAAGACCCCUGGAGCAGCACAUAUCGUGCCGUCCUGGGCUGCGAAGAGAAGCUGCGACCAGUGUGCGUGCAGGUGCUCAGAGCUGACGGAGUGCCGGGAGACUCCAAGGCCGAGGUCGAGGACUUGAUCGAGAACCUGGCGGAGGAGGCGGAGAAGAUGGCAGGUCUUUCGCACCCCAACAUCGCGCAGGUCGUGGGGUACGCCAAGGACGAGGACGCGAGGAUGGGAUGCCUCAUCAUCGACUGGCCGUGCGGGAGAGGGCUGCUGGAGGAGGUGCUGAGGAGCGACAAGGAGUCGGAGAGCUUCACGUGGAGGCUUCGAGUGCGGGAGGCAGCGGGGCUGGUGGGGGCGCUAAGCUACCUCCACGGGGAAGGAGCGGGCGGGAGUCUGCACGGAGACGUGGGGAGCAGGAGCGUGCUGGUAGGGAUCAGCUUCCACUGCAGGCUGAUGGACUGCGGGCUCUUCCGACUGAAGAGGGGCGGGAGGGCCAGUGCCUGCUUGGAGGAGAGAAGUGGACGUGGAGUAUCUCUUCAUGCCUCCUAUGGGUCGCGUGCCUGA